CCGUCACUUCAUCAAGCUGAUAAUGUUCGUGGGACCCGCCACCAUGGGCUGGUGGAGAGGCCAGCCCGGAACCGCUUCCACCCUCUUCACCGCAGGUCUGGGGACAAGCCAGGGAGACAGUUUGAUGGAAAUGCUUUUGCAGCCAGUUAUUCUUCGCAGCCCCUGGAUGAGAGCUGGCCAAGGCAACAGCCUCCGUGGAAAGAGGAAAAGCAUCCUGGAUUCAGGCUGACAUCUGCACUUAACAGGACCAAUUCUGAUUCCGCUCUUCACACAAGUGCUCUGAGCACCAAACCCCAGGACCCCUAUGGAGGAGGAGGCCAGUCAGCCUGGCCUGCCCCGUACAUGGGUUUCUGUGAUGGUGAAAAUGAUGGCCGUGGGGAAGCCGCCUUCCCGGGUCUGCUGAAGGAAGAGAAUCUGUUAAACGUCCCGAAGCCACUGCCCAAACAACUGUGGGAGACCAAGGAGAUCCAGUCCCUGUCUGGACGCCCUCGGUCCUGUGAUGUUGGGGGCGGCAGUGCCUUCCCACAUAAUGGCCAAAACACAGGCCUCUCGCCGUUUCUGGGGACCCUGAACACUGGAGGGUCAUUACCAGAUCUAACCAACCUUCACUACUCAGCACCCCUGCCAGCCUCCCUGGACACCAGUGACCACCUCUUUGGUAGCAUGAGCGUGGGGAACAGUGUGGGCAACCUUCCAGCUGCUAUGACUCACCUGGGGAUAAGAAACUCCUCUGGUCUCCAGAGUUCUCGAAGUAACCCUUCCAUCCAAGCCACGCUCAAUAAGAUUGCGCUGUCCUCAUCCCUCAAUAGCCACCCACAGCCGUCCAUGGCCAAUGCCUCUGCUCUCCACCCCUCGCUCCGUCUCUUCUCCCUUAGCAACCCAUCUCUUUCUACCACAAACCUGAGUGGCCACUCUCGGCGCAGGCAGCCUCCAGUCAGCCCUCUCACGCUCUCUCCUGGCCCUGAAGCACAUCAAGGUUUCAACAGACAGCUAUCUGCAACCAGCCCACUGAACCCGUACCCUGCCUCCCAGAUGGUGACCUCAGAGCAGAGUCCACUUUCCUUCCUGCCCACAGACGCUCAAGCCCAAGUGUCCCCACCACCCCCUUACCCCACACCCCAGGAGCUGCCUCAGCCACUCCUACAGCAGCCCCAUGCCCAUGAGCCCCCAGCUCAGCAGCCCCAGGCAGCCCCCUCCCUGUCACAGUCAGACUUCCAGCUCCUCACUGCCCAGGGCUCGUCUCUGACCAACUUCUUCCCCGAUGUGGGCUUUGACCAGCAGCCCAUGAGGCCCAGCCCCGCCUUUCCUCAGCAGGUGCCUUUGGUACAGCAGAGCCACCGAGAACCACAGGACUCGUUCCACUUGAGACCAAACCCAUAUUCCAACUGUGGGAGCUUCCCGAACGCCAUCCUGACAGAAGAUACCAACACCAGCCUGUUCAAAGGCCUUAGUGGGGGGCUGUCGGGCAUGCCUGAGGUCAGCCUGGACAUGGACACUCCGUUCCCACUGGAAGAGGAGCUACAGAUCGAACCCUUGAGCCUGGACGGACUCAACAUGUUAAGUGACUCCAGCAUGGGCCUGCUGGACCCCUCUGUGGAGGAGACGUUUCGAGCUGACCGGCUGUGAGCAAACCACAGUGGAACUGGGGAACUGAAGUGGCCAGGAUAAGCUAAGACUGGAGCCAGCAACACCCUGACGGUAGUCACAGCAUAGAGGAAGCCAUGCUGCCCCAGGCUCUCCACUGAGGUCCUAGCUCAGACGCCGUGUACUGCUGCAGGCCACCUGCUUUGGAGCUUCUGGUGACCAGGAAGCUCAUCAUGUCACCCUUAAUUCUUUGUAUAGGCCACCUGGUCAGUCAUUGUGUAAACAUAGAAAAUGCUGGGUAACACGUCCGUGCUCCAGACCUCGGAUCCCUGUCAGCACUGAAGACAGGACCCGUAGAGGAGGCAGUUGGAGGCCAUAGGCCCGUGGAGUUGGCUCAGUGUCACACAACGGUACCAGAGCACCAUGAUGCCUUUCUGUCUGACCGCCGAAGCCAGGUACCCUCCAGCUGGUGGGUAUUCUGGGCCUAGCCAUUGCUCUGCCAAAUGGCUUAAUUAAAAUGAAGAAGCUUAA